UAUCUCUAAUUCCGUUCCACAUUGAUUGCGAUUGAAGCUGAGGGAGAUGGUGAUGGGGAAACUCAAAAUUGGCGGGGCAUGGAGUGGUGUGUUGGAAGUGGAGCUCGACGUCUGGACUGUCGCUAGGCUGCGCCAAGAGCUCCUCGAUCGAUCCGGCUGCGCCUGCCUCAAACUCAUCUCCGCCGGCAAGGUUUUAAAAGACGGCGAAGGCCACCAAAACCUGACGCAAUUGGGGCUUAAGAACAACUCCAGGAUUCUGGCCACCAACAUUCCCGUCGAUCAGCACGGAAACUCCAUCAAAGAAGAGUUUUUGGCGGAGGAAGAGCGCGGCAAUAGGCUUGCUAGACUCAAGACAGCUGCCACUAACUUGGCCACCAGACAUGCUGAUGGUUCAUUACCUGUUGAGGACUUCAAUCUAGAGCUUGAAAAUCAGAAUGGACAGAAGGUGAACUUGGGGUCGGAGACUGACCAACGGGCAAUAAUGAUGGGUCUUAUGCUUCAUGCAAAUGGAAAAGCUCUUAUGAAAAAGGGAAAAUAUAGAGAUGCAUUAGAAGUUCUCAACAUGGGCGAGGAAUCAUUUUCGCUCUGCAACCCAAAGCUGCUUGAGAUGGUUGAUAACGUAUCAAUUCUUCAAAUAGACUUGGUCUGGUGCUAUUUUAUGCUCCGUGAUAUCAGUUGGCUAUCAGUAGCAGGGAUUCGCCUUGAAAAGGCCAGGGAAGGUAUUGAGCGUGCUCAUGGAAAGGAAUCUACUCGCAUCAGAAUUCUCCAAGGACAUCGCUUCCCUGAGCUAGCUUUACACUUGAGAAUGGAGUUGUUAGAAGGAGUGAUUGCAUAUCACCGUGGUCAUUUGCAGAAAUCUAAGGACGCCUUGAGCUCUGCCCAAACUAGAUUCCUCCAGCUUCAAGUACCAGAUGAAUCCCUGUCCUUUUUGCUGAGCAUGGGGUAUAAAGAAAGUGAAGCAAAGCGAGCUCUCCGCAUGAACAAUUUGGAUGUUGGACGUGCUCUUGAUUUUAUUGUCGAGGAGAAAGAUAAAAGGACACAGAAACGGAAGGAGGAUCUUCAGAGGCAGAAGGAAAUAUUAGAGCAAAAGACAUAUGGAACGACGCCCCUUAACAAAGCUGUGAAUCUAAGCAAUCUGAACCAAUUGGUCUCCAUCGGAUUCCAGAAAGAAAUCGCUGCUGAGGCACUUCGUAGAAAUGAAAACGAUGCUGAGAAGGCUCUGGAUGAUUUAACAAAUCCUGAAACUAAUGCUGCCUUACAGAAUGAAAUUAUAACAAGGAAGAGGAGAAGAUUGCGUGCAGCAACAAAAAAAUCGACUGAGAAUCUUGUAGCAAUGGGUUUCGACAAAGCAUCAGUGGAAGCAGCUCUUCGUAGGUUUGAGUCCGAAGAGCAAGCGUUGAGUUAUCUACUUACACAAACCAUCACAAACACAGCAGUGGGCGUGGGUGCAGACCACCAAGUUGGAGGAUCAACUACUGAAGAAAGAGGCGGCACAGGUAGCGCAGGCGCAGGCCACGGAAAUGGAGGGUCAUCGAGUCAAAAUGAGCCCGUGGAGAAGAAGGAGCCCGUGGAGGAACGGGACGUAGAGAUGGAGGAUGAGCUGACUGGGGAAUUGGGAACUGCAGAUGCAUACUCGGACUAUGAUAUUGAAGUCACAAAAGAAGGUGAAGCCAUCAAUGAGUAUUUAGCACUGAUCAGCUCUGCAGAGAAUGCCUAGAAAGUGCCAUCUUCCACAGUUUAAUGCCUUAGUUUGUUUCCUUUUGUACAGUUUUAGUUCAUUCCAGUAUUAUCCUAGUCUAUCUUAGGUAUUUCGACUUGAUAAUUGACUUAUUCCUUCCAUGACUCUUUCUAUUUUGGUCCGUUCUAUAUAAAAAUAGUUCAUUUUCUAA